AUGAUUUAUCAGGUCCAUUGUGUGGGAAAUUUUAAGAAACAGGAUAAAAGUGUAGCUAUUUGUUCAAUUUGUAAAAAUAAGUUGAAAUUUUAUGGAGGUACUACAAAUUUAAAAAAACAUCUGACCCGACUACACCCAAUCCAGUACAAGCAGCUCACUGAUAAUUCAGAAGCUUCAACGUCAAACUGUGAACCACCUGAACACUUUGCAGAAAAUAGGGAAGAAAAUGGAGAGGAUAGCACAAAUAUUAAUAUUGAUGCAAGUGAACAAGAAAUCAAAGAAAUUAAAGUGAGAGAAAAAAAGAGAGCGUUCGGUGAAAAUUCUGAGCCAUCGCAGCCUCAACCCAAAGAAAAGCUGUUAAAAAUGAUGGUCCUAGAUUUUCAGCCACUAUCUUUUGUUGAAAAUAAAGGUAUUAAGGACUUUGCUAACAGCAUUAACGCGCUUUAUAAAAUCCCUAUAAAAUCAAACAUUAAAGCAAUGUUGUGUGAGGUGAACUAUGUUUCAGUGACUACGGAUAUAUGGACAUCGGAUAGUAAUAUUGCUUAUGUAAGUUUAACAUGCCAUUUUAGUUAUAAGGAUAAGUUGAAUUCUCAAGUUUUGUCUACCGAUGAGAUUUCUGGGUCCCAUACUGGUGAAAAUAUUGGUCACACAUUAAAAAAAAUAUUAAAUGAAUGGGGAAUUAUAGACAAAGUCGUUACAAUUGUAUCCGAUAACGGAAGUAACAUAAAAAAUGCAGUAAAUGUACACUUGAAAAAACACAAUCACCCUUGUGUGGCACACACCUUAAAUUUAUGCGUUACCGACAGCAUAAAAGAAAACGAGGAUUUUUCAUUAAUUUGCAGCAAAUCUCGAACACUAGUUUCGUAUUUUAAACACAGUGUACUAGCGACCGAAAAAUUGAAAACGACACAGGUUCAAAUGGGGUUUCCAGUUCUUAAAAUUAAGCAAGAUGUUGCCACAAGGUGGAAUUCGACAUUAUUUAUGUUAGAACGCCUUUUAGAGAUUAAAGAUGCAUUGUCCGUAACAUUAUCCAGUUUGCCUCAAGCUCCACUUAGUUUAAACGCUAUGGAAUGGAGUAUUGUUUGGGAUUGUGUGCCAGUUCUCAAGCCUAUCGAAAUUAUGACGUCAGUAUUAUCGGCUGAAAAAUAUCCAACGAUAUCUACAAUCAUAUCACUAAUUAGAGGACUACAACACACUUUACAACAUAUAAAUCCAACAACGGAGGUUGGCAUAAAAUUAAAACAGUCAUUAUUGGAGGUGAUAGGAAGAAGGCUUGCUCCGCUCAAAAGGGACAAAAUUGUAGCAAAAGCGACAUUUUUAGAUCCGAGGUUCAAAGGUAUAGGCUUUGGACUGGAAGAAAACGCUAAAAACGCCGAGUCUUGGGUAUUAGAAGAAGUGAAAUAA